AUGUUGACGGCUGAUUAUCCAUCACUGGCCAGGGGCGAGACUACGAAAGGGCUUAUUGUACAGCUGAUCCACGAAAAGCUGGUCUCAGUAUCACUGCUCCGUGGCAUUGACCAACCACGAGCCUGCAUCACGGGACCUGAUGACAAGAAGCGAUGGAUGGCUCUUCCCAUUAGAGAAAUCUCUUGCCUGUCGAAGCACUUCCGCCCCAACGACUUCGGGGUUCCUGUCGCACUCUACUAUGAUGGUGCACAGGUCACAGAAGACGAUCCAGGAUCCAUUUUCGACUUCGCCUCAUCGUGGAUUGACUGCGACGAGCAAACAAAGUCAGAAAUUGCGGAAGAACUGAGGAACUCAUCACGAAUGUUAGAGAAAUGGAUGAUGCUUGUAUCCGAUGCUCCGAUGCUCAACAUCAACUCCUCGCUUCUUGACUGGGAGAGAUGUCUUGUUUUACACCAAACUUGCUUUGCCAGUAGUCUUUUGUCACCCGAGACACCCGAUGACAUCCCGGGUCUGUUGAACCCUGCCCUGUCAUUUGUUGCGGUUCCGAGAUCUUCAGUACGUCUUUUCGGGCCUUUUUAG